AUGAAUCGUUUAAGAAGAACAUUCAGCUUUCGGAAACGAAAAAAGCAGAGUAAGAGUGAAGCUGGUGAUUCUUCGAAACCACAACAAUGGCUAGAUGAUGAAGUGAAAAUCAAGGAGGGAUUCUGUAGUUUCCAAGUUAAGUAUUUAGGGAAUAUUGAAGUUUAUGAGUCAAGAGGAAUGCAAGUAUGUGAAGAAGCGAUUAAAGCUCUAAGAAAAUCAAAGAAACCUCAAAAAGCUGUUUUAUCUGUCAGCGGUGAUGCUCUACGCGUUUCAGAUGACGUUAGCCAGCAUCUCAUCGUCGAUCAGACAAUUGAAAAAGUUUCAUUUUGUGCUCCUGAUAGAAAUCACGAGAAAGGGUUCGCAUAUAUAUGUCGUGAUGGAGCUACCCGCCGUUGGAUGUGUCACGCCUUUCUUGCCGUCAAGGAAUCCGGUGAACGGUUGUCUCAUGCUGUCGGGUGUGCUUUCGCUAUAUGUUUGGAGAAGAAACAAAGACGUGAACGAGAUGCUCUUCAGUUGGAGGCUUCAGAUGAUCGUCCAACUUUCGCUCGUGUUGGAUCGUUUCGUCCGGCUACUCUCGCCGAACGGCUGCUGGAUCCUCAGUCUACUAUUGUAGUCGACCCAGUGCCAAAACCUAAUAAUAUAUCUUCAACAUUACCUACCACUAUAACUCGGGUGUCUUCACCAGUUAACCAUAUUGGAGCUAUCCCACGACCCCAUGCUAGUCCAUCAAUUAUUGAGCGACAAGGUUCGCUAAGAAUAUUUCCAAAAUUACAAGAGAAUAGUCCUUUCAAAAGAGAUCUUUCAUUACGUCUUGAAGGAGUUCCUUCAAAUGUACGCCGUUUGACCGGAAUAAUUCAAAGUGCACCUAUAGCGGAGGAACCAGAUACAGAAUUCGAACCAACGAAACUAGGUGUAUCUGCUAAAAAUAAUGGGCGACCUGAAAAAACGAAUUAG